AUGGAGAUCGAACUCUACGUAUAUGACCUCACACGAGGCAUGGCAAGAGCCAUGUCCCGCCAAUUCCUUGGUGUCCAGAUCGACGCAGUGUACCACACAGCCUUGGUGUUCGGUGGCAUCGAAUACUUCUUUGGAGCCGGCGUACAGACUUGCUAUCCUGGGACCACACAUCACGGCCAGCCAAUGGAAGUCAUAAAACUCGGGACAACACAAUUGCCACUUGAGAUUAUUCUGGAGUAUCUCGAAAGCCUGAAAGAAGUCUACACUCCAGAGAGCUAUGACCUGUUCGCGCACAACUGCUAG